AUGAAGCACUCGAGCAGCUCGUGUCUGCUGCCCCUCGUGGCGCUCUGCAGCCUGGCCUGCGACCUGGUCCAGGCACAGGUCCUCUUCCAGGUACGCUGCACACAACCUGCAUGUCAUAGUACGACGACGAGUACAAUAUUGCUUGUGAUCAGAAUGCAGUCAAUCUGCUAUGACCCAUGCAUGCCACGAUCUGUCCGUGCAGGGUUUAACUGGGAGUCGUGGAAGAAGCAGGGAGGCUGGUACAACAGUCUCAGGGGCCAAGUCGACGACAUCGCCAACGCCGGCGUCACGCACGUCUGGCUGCCUCCACCCUCGCACUCCGUCUCCCCUCAAGGCUACAUGCCGGGGCGCCUGUACGACCUGGACGCGUCCAAGUACGGCGCGGCGGCGGAGCUCAGGUCCCUGAUCGCGGCGUUCCACAGCAGGGGCGUGCAGUGCGUGGCGGACAUCGUGAUCAACCACCGGUGCGCUGACAAGAAGGACGCGCGCGGCAUCUACUGCGUCUUCGAGGGCGGGACACCGGACGACCGCCUCGACUGGGGCCCCGGCAUGAUCUGCAGCGACGACACGCAAUACUCGGACGGGACCGGGCACCGCGACACAGGUGAGGGCUUUGCCGCGGCGCCCGACAUCGACCACCUCAACGAGCGCGUCCAGCGGGAGCUCUCCGACUGGCUCAACUGGCUCAAGACCGACUUGCUAACAGGAUUCGACGGCUGGCGCCUCGACUUCGCCAAGGGCUACUCCCCGGCCUUCGCCAAGAUGUACCUCAAAAACACCAAGCCGAGCUUCGUCGUGGCUGAGAUAUGGAACUCGCUUAGCUACGACGGUGACGGCAAGCCAGAGCCCAACCAGGACCAGUGCCGGCAGGAGCUGGUGAACUGGGUGCAAGCGGUCGGCGGGCCGGCGAUGGCCUUCGAUUUCACAACCAAGGGACUGCUGCAGGUGGGCGUGCAGGGCGAGCUGUGGCGGCUGCGCGACGGGUCCGGCAAGGCGGCCGGCAUGAUCGGGUGGAUGCCGGAGAAGGCCGUCACGUUCGUCGACAACCACGACACCGGCUCAACGCAAGCUCUAUGGCCGUUCCCGUCCGACAAGGUCAUGCAGGGCUACGCCUACAUCCUCACGCACCCAGGGGUCCCGUGCAUCCUCUACGACCACAUGUUCGACUGGAAUCUCAAGCAGGAGAUAUCGGCGUUGGCCGCGAUCAGGGCUCGAAACGGCGUCCACGCCGGGAGCAAGCUGCGGAUCCUCGUCGCGGAUGCCGACGCGUACGUGGCCGUCAUCGACGAGAAGGUCAUGGUGAAGAUUGGAACGAGGUACGACGUGGGCAACGUGAUCCCGUCGGAUUUCCACCCCUCGGCGCACGGGAAGGACUACUGCGUCUGGGAGAAGGGGAUGAGCCUCCGCGCACCGGCAGGGCGGCACCUUCAGGGAUUCAAACCUGCAUGGAAGCAGUCGGCCGGUCGGGGCUCGAAUCCCGGUACCCAUAAAUAGCCUCUAAAGGAGGCUGGCUAAAAAAAAAAAAGACCUUUUUCUAAAAAAAAAAUGCAGCACAGCACAUAAUACUCCCCACG